AUGACCAAUCUCGCGGCCAAGCAAAUGUUCCAGUCGGGUCAAUUCUACCGUGAAAGAUAUCUUACUGGCAAUUAUCCCAUCGAGGGCAUCUCGCCCGACAGAGUGGUCUCCUCGCAGUUGUGGGCUUCUGCUCCAACUGAACAUGUACUCUAUCAAACCUCCACGAACUUUCUCCAGGGCUUCUAUCCGCCACUUGUAAACAGUUCGCUUGCCACAGAGAAUCUGAACAAUGGUACAGACGCCGAAGGACCUCUUGAAGGCUACCAAUUUGUUCUUGUGCAUGGCCGAGGAGACUCAGAUUCCGACGCCAUCUGGAUCAAAGGCGAUGAUUCCUGUCUGAACUACGAUGCCGCCUCAAAAUCUUAUCGCCAAAGCGCUGAGUACCAAGCCACCCUCGAGUCUUCGGCAGAGCUAUAUGCAAGGCCGAGGGCACACUUGGCUCGAUCCUGGGAGCGAAGAGUGUGUCCUACGACUGUGGUCACAGCAGCAAUCGAGGAUGAAGCAUUCUCCGUUGAUUCCGCAGACCUCGACCAAGUUCGCUUCUACGCAGAUGAAUGGGAGUGGGGUCACAACUUUAAUGAAUCCCAGGCCGGCCGCUGCAUUGGCGGCAUGACUCUUGCGGGUGGCAUCCUCAACUAG